ACGUGGGAAAUUCAGGUUGUCAACAAGUUUCGUCUGUAAAUUCUUUGCCACUUGGUUUUCACGUUUAUUUUCUCGAAAUAAUAUGGAAUCCAAUACUAACGAAAGAGACACUGCCCCACAAAAAGCUGCAGAUGCUGUAUUCGUCCCUACUCAGGAACAUGGAUUCAACAAUAAAGUGCAAGGGUAUGAUUGGAGCCAGGGUUUGGACUAUGGAAAACUUAUCGGAUCAUACAUAACAACUGGAUUCCAGGCAACAACCUUUGGACUUGCAGUAAAUGAAGUCAAUAAGAUGCUUGCAAAAAGAAUAGAACCUAUCCCAGAGAGCCUUGGUUUAGAUGAGUUUGAGGAAGACUUGUUCAUCAAGAGGAAAUCAAACUGCACAAUUUUUUUAGGCUACACUUCAAAUAUGUGCUCAUCUGGUAUUCGCGACACCAUUAAAUUCUUGGUGCAAAAUAAACUGGUGGACUGUAUCGUAACCACUGCCGGCGGCGUAGAAGAGGAUUUCAUCAAGUGCCUUGCCCCGACUUUCGUAGGCACUUUCGAAUUGAAGGGGUCCACGUUGAGAGAGAGUGGAAUUAACAGGAUUGGCAAUUUGGUCAUUCCUAACGACAACUAUUGCAAGUUUGAAGAUUGGGUAAUGCCUUUGCUUGACGAAAUGGUAGCAGAACAAAAGGAGAAAGGAACAAAAUGGACACCUUCGAGAAUCAUCGAAAAACUGGGUAGAGCAAUCAACAAUCCAGAAUCAGUCUAUUACUGGGCUGCUGUCAACAAUAUUCCCGUCUUCAGUCCGGCUUUAACCGAUGGAAGUUUGGGAGACAUGAUGUAUUUCCAUUCUUACAAGAACCCAGGUCUCGUUGUAGACAUUCUUGAAGACCUCAAGAGGCUCAACACGAUGGCCGUCAAAGCUUCCAAUUCCGGAAUGGUCAUUUUGGGCGGUGGUCUCAUUAAACAUCACAUUUGCAACGCCAACCUUAUGAGGAACGGUGCAGAUUUUGCUGUUUUUAUCAACACAGCUUGCGACUUUGACGGAAGUGACAGCGGAGCCAAACCAGAUGAAGCAGUAUCAUGGGGAAAAAUUAAGAAAGAUGCUACACCAGUGAAGGUCUGUGCAGAUGCUAGUCUUGUUUUUCCGAUUCUGGUGGCAGAGACAUUCGCUAAACAUCAUUUUUCAUCAACUUCCAAAUAAUUCCUUAUCCGAAUACAAAACAUGGGUCAAA